UGGCUACAUCGUCACAAUGAAGAUCAGAUCUCCAAAGUACGACUUGCUUCCCGACCUGAACCCCGUGGAGCAGUUCUUCCAGGGGAACUUCCCGGGCAGCGUGCAGAGGGAGAGGCACCACAACAUGCUCCAGUUCCAGGUCCCUUCCUCCUCCCUGGCCAGGAUCUUCCGGCUGCUCCUCUCCCACAAGGACAGCCUGCUCAUCGAAGAGUACUCGGUCACACAGACCACGCUGGACCAGGUAUUUGUGAACUUUGCUAAGCAGCACACUGAAACUCACGACCUCCCUUUGCACCCCUGAGCUGCUGGAGCCAGCGGACAAGACAAGGUCUGACCUCCUCGCACACUGCCCUUCUCUGCAGCAGGAAAGCAGCUCUGGGGCAGCGGGAAGUGCAGGAGCCUCUGCCACGUGGCCGCCCGAGCCAACCAGCCAGACUCAGUAACGCCUCUGCAGCAGAAAAAGACACGGGGGCUUACACAGAUCCCCAAAAAGGCUUUCUCAGAAGGAAGCCAAACUGGGACCCUGCUGGUGGAAGUGACCCGCCUGGUCCGCACCACAGCGGCAGAAGCCCACUGCAUCCUACUGGGAGCUUUGAUCUGGACAUACUCUCACGUCAAGUGGAUCUGCUUUUCUGGACGUGUAUGAGUGUCUGUUCUAUUUUUAAGGAGAAAAUAAAUGCAAACUUGUUUAUCACACA